AUGGAGGGUGAUUAUCAUGUUGGACGUGGUGGUCAUGGUAACGUUUCUCAUGAAGCAGAUCGCAAAGCGGAAGAUGCCAAAAAUAGCGAGUCGAAACGACCAAAGGAGACGACGGCCUACGAUGGCUCGAAUAAGGAUGGCGACGAGGGAUUGGCUGAUAGAUUGAAGAAUAAGAUUUUUGGAAGAAAAUAA